GAGGAGAGAGCGGAGGAAUGUGUGCAGACCGGAGCCUGUGUGGGUGAGGGGAGGUUGUGCGGCAGUUGCCUCCCUGGAUCCUGUGUCCCCUUCUCCUGUAUAUAUGUCCGCUUCCCAUUAGUGUGUCCCCCCUUAUCAGCAUGGAUCCGUACAGAGCCGGAGCUCCCUCCUGUGUGUGGCUUGUCCUUACAGCGGGGUUAUUGCUCGGACUUCCCCGGGAGAGCAGCUCCUGUCCCAGCCGCUGCCUGUGUUUCCGGAGCACGGUGCGCUGCAUGCAUCUGAUGCUGGAGAGCAUUCCCUCCGUCUCCCCGCAGACCACCAUCCUAGAUCUACGCUUUAAUCGAAUCAAGGAUAUUCAGCCUGGUGCAUUUAAGCAUCUGAAGAAUCUGAACACUCUGCUUCUUAACAACAACCAAAUCAAAAAGAUACCCAGUGCAGCAUUUCAAGACUUAGAAAACCUCAAGUAUCUCUAUUUGUACAAGAAUGAAAUCCAAUCCAUUGACAGGCAAGCUUUUAAAGGACUUGCCUCUCUAGAACAACUAUAUCUUCAUUUUAACCACAUUGAGACAUUGGAACCAGAAUCUUUUCAUCAUCUUCCCAAGCUUGAAAGACUAUUUCUGCACAACAAUCGAAUUACUCACCUGGUACCCGGCACGUUUAGCCAGCUGCAGUCUAUGAAACGGCUGCGACUGGAUUCCAAUGCUCUUCACUGUGAUUGUGAGAUUCUGUGGUUGGCCGAUCUGUUGAAGAUUUAUUCCGAAUCCGGUAAUGCUCAGGCUGCUGCAACUUGUGAAUACCCACGCAGGCUCCAGGGGAGAUCUCUGUCCACCAUUACACCAGCUGAGCUGAACUGCGAGCGGCCAAGGAUUACAUCAGAGCCUCAAGAUGUGGAUGUCACCUUUGGGAACACUGUGUACUUCACUUGUCGAGCUGAAGGCAACCCCAAGCCGGAGAUCAUCUGGCUCCGAAACAAAAAUGAACUGAGCAUGAAAGAUGAUAACCGACUGAAUCUCCUGGAAGAUGGCACGUUGAUGAUCCAAAAUACCCAAGAGGCUGAUCAAGGCAUCUAUCAGUGUAUGGCAAAAAAUGUGGCUGGAGAGGUGAAGACUCAUGAGGUUACUCUUCGAUAUUAUGGAACACCAACCAAGCCCAGUUUUGUGAUUCAGCCCCAAAACACAGAAGUUCUGAUUGGUGAAAGCAUUACUUUGGAAUGUAGCGCAGCAGGCCAGCCACAACCAAGGAUCACAUGGACCAGAGGAGACAGGACCCCGCUGCCAAGUGACCCUCGUAUUACCAUCACCCCCUCUGGAGGACUGUAUAUCCAGGAUGUGAACCAGGAGGAUGCUGGAGAGUACGCAUGUUUUGCAUCAAACACUGUAGACACCAUUCACUCCACGGCUUACAUUAUAGUCCAAGCUGUUCCUCAGUUCACCGUUGUUCCACAAGACCGGAAUGUGUUUGAAGGCCAUAAUGUGGAUUUCCAUUGUGAAGCUCAAGGAAAUCCACAGCCAGUAAUUGCUUGGACCAAAGGAGGAAACCCCCUGUCCGUUGACAGAAGGCAUCAAGUCUUGUCUUCUGGGACAUUGAGGAUUCUUCGUGUGGCGUUGCAUGACCAGGGCCAGUAUGAGUGUCAAGCUGUAAACAUUGUUGGGUCCAAGAGCUCCUCAGCACAUAUGACUGUACAAGCCAGAGUUACACCAGUUUUUGCUACUGUGCCCAGUGACAUGACAGCAGAAGUUGGCACCGAAGUUCAGAUUCCUUGUAGUUCCCAAGGGGACCCUCUGCCAGCGAUAACAUGGAAUAAGGAUGGAAUACAGAUUACUGAGAGUGGAAAGUUUCACGUCAGUCUUCAAGGAUUGACUAUUCAAGAUGCUGGCCCAGCAGACCAAGGUCGAUAUGAAUGUGUAGCAAGAAAUAACAUUGGAUAUUCUUCAGUGAGCAUGGUGCUGACUGUAACAGUGCCGGAAGUCAGCCGUACCGGAGACCCCUUUGUUACUGCAUCAAUUAAUGAAGCUAUUGCAACCGUUGAUAGGGCCAUUAACUCAACAAGGUCACAUUUGUUUGAUGGUCGCCCACGUUCUCCGAAUGAUCUUCUGGCCCUAUUCAGAUAUCCCCGCGAUCCCUACACAGUGGAACAAGCCAGAGCAGGGGAGAUAUUUGAACGGACUCUUCAGCUCAUACAAGACCAUGUACAUAAUGGCUUGAUGGUUGAUUUAAAUGGGACAAGCUACCAUUACAAUGAUCUGGUUUCUCCUCAUUAUCUUCACAUGAUUGCCAAUCUCUCAGGUUGUAGAGCCCAUCGAAAGAUAAAUAAUUGUUCCAACAUGUGUUUUCACCAAAAAUACAGAACACAUGAUGGUACCUGCAAUAACCUUCAGCACCCAAUGUGGGGAGCAUCAUUGACAGCCUUUGAGCGUCUGCUGAAAUCUGUAUAUGAGAACGGCUUCAAUUUGCCAAGAGGUGUAUACAAUAGAUUAUAUAAUGGAUUUCCCCUUCCUAUGCCUCGUACAGUUUCAACCACUUUGAUUGGAACUCAUACUAUAACUCCGGAUGAGCAGUUUACUCACAUGUUGAUGCAAUGGGGACAGUUCCUUGACCAUGACCUGGACUCUACAGUAGUUGCCUUGAGUCAAGCUAGGUUUUCUGAUGGCCAGGAAUGCAGUGCAGUCUGCACAAAUGAUGCACCUUGCUUUCCUCUUUCGAUUCCACCAAACGACCCACGAGUGAGGAAUGGUGCUCGUUGUAUGUUCUUUGUCCGAUCUAGUCCGGUUUGUGGAAGUGGAAUGACCUCCUUGUUAAUGAAUUCUGUUUAUCCUCGAGAACAGAUGAACCAGUUGACUUCUUACAUUGAUGCCUCCAAUGUAUAUGGAAGCUCUGACCAUGAAGCUCAGGAAGUCCGAGAUUCAGCAAGCCAUCGGGGCCUCUUAAAACAAGGCAUUGUUCAAAGAUCUGGAAAACCACUACUUCCUUUCGCCACUGGGCCUCCCACUGAAUGCAUGAGGGAUGAAAAUGAAAGUCCCAUUCCAUGCUUUUUAGCUGGUGACUUUAGAGCUAAUGAGCAACUCGGUCUAACCAGCAUGCAUACACUGUGGUUUAGAGAACAUAAUAGAAUUGCUGCAGAAUUGUUGAGACUGAACCCACACUGGGAUGGAGAUACAAUUUACCAUGAAACUCGUAAAAUAGUGGGAGCUGAAAUGCAGCACAUAACCUAUGCUCAUUGGCUGCCAAAGAUAUUUGGAGACUUUGGCAUGAAAAUGCUUGGUGAUUACAAGGGAUAUGACCCGAAUAUCAAUGCCGGCGUUCUGAAUGAGUUUGCUACAGCUGCUUUUAGAUUUGGUCACACCCUCAUUAAUCCUAUUCUUUACAGACUGGAUGAAAACUUUGAGCCAAUUCCGCAAGGACAUUUACCCCUACACAGGGCUUUCUUUUCCCCCUAUAGGAUUGUAAAUGAGGGGGGAAUAGAUCCACUUCUCCGAGGUCUUUUUGGGGUUGCUGGGAAAAUGCGGGUUCCAUCCCAGCUGUUAAAUACAGAGCUGACAGAGAAGCUUUUCUCAAUGGCACACACUGUAGCCUUAGACUUGGCAGCCAUCAACAUCCAGAGGGGACGUGACCAUGGAAUUCCACCUUACCAUGACUUUAGAGUAUACUGCAAUCUUUCUUCAGCAAAUACCUUUGAAGAUCUAAGGAAUGAAAUCAAAAAUCCAGACAUAAUUGAAACAUUAAGAAGGUUAUAUGGAUCACCGUUAAAUAUAGAUCUCUUCCCUGCACUGAUGGUGGAGGACAUCAUUCCUGGGAGUCGGUUGGGACCAACACUGAUGUGUCUACUUACUACUCAGUUUAGAAACGUAAGAGAUGGAGACAGGCUCUGGUAUGAAAAUCCUGGUGUGUUCGCCCCUGCACAGCUGACCCAGAUCAAGCAGACCUCUCUCGCCAGAAUUAUGUGUGACAAUGGGGACAACAUCACCCAUGUCCAAACUGAUGUGUUUAGAGUUGUCGAAUUUCCUCAUGGCUAUAUUGACUGCAAGAAGAUUCCCAAAAUGGACCUACGAAUGUGGAAGGACUGCUGUGAAGAUUGUAGAUCAAGAGGACAGUUUAGUUCCUUCUCGGGUCACUUCAGAGGUAAACGGUCUACAGAACACAGCUAUAAAGAGGAAAAACCUCAGGACCUUCCUGAUACUGAAGAAGAGUCCAGCUUGCCAGAGAUUAUUGUGAACACAACUGUAACCACCAAGCAAACAGCCAAUCUGCCACUAGUGAAUGACUUCAAAGAGUUUGUGCUUGAUUUGCAAAAGACAAUAACAAGUCUAAGGAAACAGAUCAAGAACCUCGAAUCUCGCGUAAGCAGCACAGACUGCACUGAUGAAACUGGAAAACCAUAUGCCACUAAUGAAAGAUGGAGAAAAGAUCCUUGUACAAAAUGUGAAUGUAAAGAUGGCUCAAUUACAUGUUUUGUGGAAUCCUGCCCUCCAACUCAUUGCUUGGUGCCAGUAUUCAAGGAAGGAUCUUGCUGUCCGGUCUGCACAGAUAACAGCAAGAACACAUAAUACCCAGGUUUCCAUGCAUCGCAGCAGCUGAAGUCAGUAAAACCAGGGUCACAGCAAGAGUUUCAUACACUUCCUACAGAUUCACAAUCUUCACCUCUACAAUAUCAGAACACGACUUGCUUUGGUUGUUAUUAUAUGUUUUCUUUUCUUUUGUACGUACACAAUCUCUUUUAAAGGGAAAUAUAUAAAGCGAUGACAGGAUAUUGGACUAUAUGUCGGCCAUAUUUUAUUGGUUCAAAUGCUUCUCAGGUUAGGAAACUAAAGUGGUGCUAAACACACAUAAUAUUCUUUUCAUACUAAAAUCAACACAAACCCCUCAAACUUAGGAGAUUUUAGAAAUGAUGUUCAAUAUGUAUAAAGUUUUUUUUUUUUAAGAUAUCCUUUUAUUCUGUAGUGACAGAAAACAUUUAUUCAAAUGUGAAUAAUAAUUUUUUGUCAUAAGGACAUACUGUAAUAAAAAUACCAAUGGGCAUCCUUAAUAACACAGUGCAAAGGCGCAGUGGUGGUCAGUGACAAAUAACCAUUUAAAUCAGCUUUCAGCAGCCUAGCUUAGCCUCUAGUAUGUUGCAAGCAGGUACUGGCUCCCCAGUGCCCUCUGAGCAGUGUUAUUAAUUGAGAUUAUUUUGUGCCUAUGGAAGACUAUUUACAUUUUUAUAAUAACUCAGGCCCAACGUGAACAAGAAUGUUGAGUAUAUAUUUUUGUUUUUAUAUAUAGAUUCUAUACUGUGCCUUUCACAAUAAAACUUUCAUAGCAUUACUGUUUAAAGGCACUGUGCAAAAGGACUUAACGUUUGUGACUCGACUACUUGUUUGUGGGUUUUUUUUUCCUUGUUUUUUGUAUUAUGUGCCUUCUUAUUACUAGACCUCAUCACAUCACCAAGUAUUAUAGUGAGAACAAUUGUUAUUAGGUAUUAAACAGCUCUAUGCACUUCUGCCGACAUUUUGUUUUCUACACAUUGCCCUUGAAGGCUAUGCCUUGAACACAAGUUUAUGUGAAAGACCUGUUUACAUAUUGCUCUGGAAUAUUGAAGGUUAUUGGAACUGAAAAUAUCUUAGUCACAGAUAUUGGGCAAGUAGGGUGGGGACAGUAUUUAGCUACAUACACUUUUAGGAUAAUACUCUGAACUGCAAUGGCACUGCAGACCAGCUGUCUUUAGCAAGUUGGAAUGUUUCACAAGUGUUUAAAGUUGCAUUCCAGAAAUGACUCAUACUAAUAUCUUACAGCUUGGCAUCGCCCGUCUCUAGGUUGUUUUAAGAUGCUCAAAUAUUUGAAGGCUUUAGACUCAGUCUUCUAAUGACCAUCUUGCAUGUGAAGUGAAUGUGACCUUAGGAGCCAUGUUCUGAAGGGGGUGACUACAUGUUUUGUAUGUAGUCAUUAUGCAGUUUCCUCUGCUAUCCCCCAUCUACCCCCAAACUGUGGCUUAAGUGCUGCUUACACAAGACCAGAAUUGUUGAAGAUGGUGCCACCUGAACCCAUUGCACAGUUAGAAUCCCAACAUUAAAGGGAUUUACAACAUUUUAAAGUUUCCUCAUUGCUUACAAUAUUUGCAUUUUGCUUAUAGGUUAAUGGCUUUGUAUGCAAUUUGUUUUUUUUUUGUUUUUUUUUUUAUAUCAAAGCUCUUUACUGACUAUGUAGCUUCCUGUCCACUUCAUAAUUAAAAACGAUUCAUGGUAAAUGUUUCCCUAGGUAUAGCAAAUGCUUAUUGCAAACUGAAGUCCUUUCCUCUAAUGGUCAGGCUUGACAAAGGAAUUGGUUUCCUUAAUUCAAUUGUCAUGUACAUAUUAAAAUUCCAAGCACUGCUGUUAUGAAAAGGCAAUAGAUGUUAUAGCUUGCAGCGGGGGAGCAUUAUAGUUUGUUGCUGCUUGUUUGCUGCUGUGUUUACCAUAUUCAUUUUUCAAUGGUAUGGACAACUCCUUUAAAAUUGAAGGUAGCCAUUUUGAGGUUUGAGCCAAUAUCAUUGUGAUGCAGUCAGCCAAUCACCUACAUUAAAUGGGAUACACAUUCCUUGUGAACAGAUGACCUGCAUUCCCAUUCUCUAUGAUUUGCUGCAGAAAAAUGGUUGACCCUUUGAUUCUCUACAGAACAUAUGCAUUUGAAUACUUUGAGGUUUGCUUUAGGAUUUCAGUUGCAUCAAGCUUGCCUUGGUUUAGUUUUUAAGGUAGAAAGCUUUAAGAAGUCCAGCUUUCUAGCUUUUUUGAAGGACAAUAGCCAUACCUCAUAAACUGCUCACUAUGUGGUGCUCCAGUGUGGUAUGUAAGAAAGAAAAUUAACCAGCAUAUAUGAAUGCAUAGGGAAAUAAAGUAAAAAACAAAGUUUAGCCAUGUCUUCUUUAAGAAUGAAGGAAACAAUUUAAAUUUUCCAUGUGCUCGGGAUCAGGACUGGUUCAGUGAGUUACAGCCCUCAAUUCAGUAACUAUCUUAGAACUGCAGAGACUUUUGUGAAGUCUAACCUUAACGUUUCUAAAGAUUCCACAGAUUUAAAGGAGACCUGUGAUGAGAGGAAUAUGGAGGCUGGCAUUGCUGAUCAUCACUUCCUUAAGAUGCUAGUUGUCCCUGAGCUUACCAAUUUCUAAGUCACUGACCAGAAAAGAUGUCCAGAUCAGUCAGAACUUUGGGUCUGCAUAUGUGUGUGGGAUAACGACUUAAAAAUUACCUAAGCCAAGUUUUGGCAUGAUUUUGACUGUUUUUAAUGGUUAGGUAAGCAGUGGCAAUCUUCAUACUCCAUACAGCUUCUUUAUAAGAUUACCUGUCUGCCAACAGUUGGAUCAGGAAAAUGGUUGUAUAUAUGAGGGCACCUUUGCACCUGUGAUCAGUGACUGUUCUACCAAACUAAUUUAGUGCUUGGAUCCUCUGAAUACCAUUAUGUCUGUUGCCAGUCUAAGACUAACUGUGCUGAUACUACUAGUUGUUAAGACGUGAUUCUGCCAUUAAUACCUACUGAGCUCUAAAGAUUUUCUACAGCAGAACUUCAUCUUACCAUCAGACAACCUCACAUCUAGCUUUAGGUAAGGGCCCUGGUUGCUCAAGGUCCUCCACUCUUCCAUUGGAAGUGUACUUAUAUUCCUUUUAAAUCUCCUAAAAUGCCUACGUUCAUUGAAAAGCAUGUACUUCCAGUUGCCCACAGGUAGGUUUAGCUUUCUCCAAAAGCAUCUCAGGAGCCUCAAUGUUCGGGUGCUCUAUUAUUCAAGUUUCAACUUCACUUUUGCCUUCAUGGUAUAUCUAAGGAAGUGGAAAGUGUUUUUGCCAACCAGGUUACAGCUAUUUCAUAGCACUGGGUCAAACAUAAAUAAAGAUUGUAUCUGAUUAAUUACUGGGCGAUUAUGCAGAUUUCAACUAUUGGUCUCAUCAUUCAGAACAAAGAUCCAUUGGAGUGGAAAAAAGGCAGGGCCAAACACUGACGUCCCAAUUCAAGAUUUGCUUAAUAGAGCACCUGGGAUUCAGGGUUCCCAGGGAAAUGUAUGCAUUUGGAUAAUAGUGGAUGUUUAAGGGGUUUUAGAAGAGUACAAGUUUGUGACUCGGUAAACAGUCUACGCCCUGAGAGAUUGUAUUGUUUACUUUUUUCUGGACAGUCUCUGUAAGGGCUACUGUCCAUGGAUGUUUGAUGUGUAGUCUUGAUAUUUACAUUAAAUUAUAUAGAAUUAAAAAGCAAAGUCCAAAGCUAUCUGGAUUUAUAAUUACAUGUACAGUGGCUCUUGAAGUACAGUGUACAUCUUAAUAGUGUCAUAAAACCAUAGCAUUGUGUCCGAUUUAUUUUGAUAUGGUUGGUUGGGGUGGCUAUGAUUUGGCCAUUGCACUAUUGUUAACCUAAUAGCUGCAGGAGAUACUAUACAGUACAGAGCAGGCAAAUUCAUUACAGCUGUUAUUUUCUGUGUACCAUAUUUAAAACACAUUCAUUGAUAUGGGUUUCAAGGGCAAAACAGUCUUCUUUGAACAGCAGCCAAAUAUAUAGCAUUUUAAAAUAUCAUUAUGUCCUGUUAAGUGCAUGUAAUUUAAUCAUACCUGAUCUAUAUCAUAAAAACUUGACUGAUAACAGUGAACAUGUCACACAUGUCCUCAUUUUAGGUUAUGCUGUCUUCACAAUAUAACUGAUGUAUAAAAUCAAAGUGGCUAAAGGUCCCAGCUAUCAUUAUUGUGUUUUAAGUCUGGUGUGUGUAGGCUUUAUUUGAUUUAACCUUUUAAGAUGUAUUUGAAUUUGUGGGCCAAUUGUUUCUCCAGAGUAAGAAAGCCGUUUUUUUUUUUUUAAAUGGCCCUCCAAUACCAUGAAAACAACAAGAAAAGGCCCAAAAGGCAUGUAUAUGAGUGAACUCCAAGUUCACCAUCCACUCUAUGUCCUAUGACUUAAUUCAAGAACAAGUUUUUAUUUUUUAGAGAACAUGGUUAUAUCCAGUCAUUAUCCAAUACAGCAUGUCUCUGAUUUAUAAAAUAAAGUGCUGUUCAUAAUUAAUAGUGUCACUGUCAUGAAGAAAUAUAGUUCUUGAAAGAUGGUAAGAUCCAUCUGUUAUUAAGUGAGAAGUCCUCAUGUGCAUUUUUUGGCAAACUUGUAGAGAUUUGCACGUUUCUGUUUACUCCUGCCUUGCUGAUGUGUGCCAGGACUUUUAACUUUGAGUGUAGUGUUUUUGAUGUUUUGUGUUUGGCAGGUUUUAUGCUUAGUACACAGGGUCUACAUAAAAUUUUUAGUAUUCUGGGUAACACCAGUGGCACUCUUGCAGCUACC